GUACCUCUACGAGCUGUUGCGUCAAAAGAGGCUGCUGCCCCGACGCCAGGAAGCGGAAGAGUGGGGCCUCGUAAGCCACGAGGAGGUGAGUGAGUGGGCGGCGGGGACCCGAGACGCGAUGCUCAUUUCAGUUUCGCAUGCCUGGGAGACCCGUCAGCACCCGGAUCCCUGCGGCGACCAGUUGAAUCGGCUGGUCAGCGGCUUAAGAAUCUACGAUGAUGCCUAUGUUUCUGAGAUCUGGGUAUUUUACGAUUAUGUAUCCCUCUUUCAAUACGAGCGGCAGACAGUCGCGGAAUACGAGAGCUUUCGCAGAGCCAUGCGUCACAUGCAUAUGUGUUACGCCCACGAAUGCAACUGGACCGUUCGCUUGGAAGCUCUCACUCCAGACGACGUCUGGGACGCCGCACUGCAGAACUCGGAGCAUCUUGUGAGGGUGUAUGAUGAUGAGAGCAAGACCGUGCGAGGCCUCCCCCUCAAGGAGCUAAUGCUCAACCGCGUCCCUUAUCGGGACCGCGGGUGGUGCAAGGCAGAGGUGGAGUGGUCCUCUUGCAGGAGCAGGUCCGAGCAGAACCAGUGCCUCGACGCUCCGGGCUCCGAAGUGAAUUCCGAAAGCGAGCUCAAGGGCAAAGUCCCCAUGGCUCCCGAGGUCUUCCAAGAAGACAUUAGGAGAGCCGAGUUCACGCAUCGGAACGAUGCCGGAAUAGUGCAGAGGCUGCAGCAUGAGAUUUACUACGAGAAAGUCUCAGCAUCCACCCUCCAUUCCACUCGUACAAAGGGACACA